CUGGGCGCGCGGGGUGCGGCCUAGGCCAGUGGAGGCCGCUUUCUUGAGGGCUUCUCCUCAAGCCAGGAGGGGAAAGCGAGGAGAAGGCGCCGCCCCGAGCCGGGCCGCCCGUCUUCGCCCCUCCCCCCCGCCUCCAAACCCUCCGCUCGGGCUGCGCCACCGGCUGGAGGGUUCGCGGGGAGAGGCUUCGUCAGGGCAUUGACUGGUCAGUGAGGCGUGGCAGGAAUGUUCCAUCCACUUCAAUGGAGGUCGCCCUCCAGCUUUUAUUCCCUUUAUGCGAACUCAUCCCGCUUCAUCACCUAUGAAGGGAAACCACGGAAUGGGUGGUGGAACGAGGACUUCCUGAAGGGCAAGUACCAGUGGCUGCUUACGUGGCUUCGGAAAGGCUCUGAGCAAGACCUGGGGCAGAAGAGCCUACUAUCCCUGCUGGCCAAUCAGUGCAGCUAUGUGACCAGCCAGAGAAUCAGGCGUGCUCAGCAAAUCGCUCAGCUGUACAGUAACAUUUACUCCGAGAGGGCGCGCAAGAAUCUCUUCUCUUCCUUGUGGCACCGAUUCCAGGGUCAUCAUGCCAACGCCUGCAAGCUGAUGGCAGCCCUCACCGGAGUGUUCCUGUGGGAAGAGGAGAGGAUCAAGGAAGAAGAGCUGAAGAGGUCUGUGCAAGAAAUGAAACACAUGCAAGAAAUCUCGAGGUUCUUCCCGAGCAGUGUGGAAGAAAAUCAGGAGCUGGAGCCAAGCACCUACCAAAGUGUCUCGUCUGAUCCUGAAGAGCAGAGUUGGGAAAUGGUGGUCAACAAGAAACAGUUCAAACUAUGGAGGCGUCCGGUUGGCGGGGGUCAUGUGUACCAGUAUCGAGUCUUUGGAACAUACACAGAUGUGACACCAAGACAGUUUUUCAAUGUGCAGCUGGAUACGGAAUACCGGAAGAAGUGGGACUCCCUAGUGAUCAAACUGGAAGUGAUUGAGAGAGACCGAGACACGGGCUCAGAGGUGGUGCACUGGGUAACUCACUUUCCGUACCCAAUGUAUUCACGGGAUUACGUUUACGUCCGACGGUAUGAUGUGGACCAAGAGAACAAUCUGAUGGUGCUGGUGUCACGAGCGGUAGAACAUCCAGGCGUUCCCGAAGAUCCUGAAUUCGUCCGGGUCAGAACCUAUGAGUCACAAAUGGUUAUCCAUCCUCACAAAUCAUUUGAUGAGAAUGGCUUUGACUACCUGCUCACCUACAGCGACAACCCACAAACUGUGUUCCCUCGAUACUGUGUCAGCUGGAUGGUUUCCAGUGGCAUGCCGGACUUCUUGGAGAAACUUCACUCGGCAGCGCUGAAGGCAAGGAACAUGGAGAUCGUUUUGAAAGACUAUAUCGCCGCCUCCAAGUCCCGGGACAGCGGGGGCGAGAACAGCAACGGGGAAGAGAAGGCCAGCAUGCCUGCCCAAGACCAUAAGAACGAAGGAGCCCACAGCCCUAUCCAGAUAGACUAUGCUUAAAAGGAGGAGGGGGAGGGCUUGGUUUGCAACAUUGGCAACCCCAUGCCUCUUGCUCCGGGCUGUGAAAAAGGAAAAAGAAAAAAGCCACGGAGAAGAACGUCAUUGGGACCUCGAUCCCCUCGCCCUGCGUCUGUCCUCUUCCUCCCCCUUCUCUGCCACGUCUCCUCCUUGAAGGAAAGAACACCGUCAGCCCUGGGCAACCACUCUCGGCCAUCGUGAAAAACAGUUUUGUGCGGCCACUUCUGUGUCUUGAUCUUAUUUGCUCUUAACCCUGUGGGUGUGGUGGACGGCGGGGGGGGGGGGGGGGUUAGUGGAGAAAAAGCUACGUUCUCGGACGGUCUCAUUUCUUCCUCCCCCAGUACUUGAGGCUCCCCGCAAGCCGUUUGGAGGAGAGGCGGAGUUGAGUUCCCGGGUUUUUGUCUCUUUCGUAGAGAUGAAUCGCGCCCGAGGUGGCUGCAGCCUGGUGCACAACAAGCCACCCAACCGUUUACAGCCUCAUUGCUGGCUCCUGCAACCUAAUGGAGGCUUCAACGCCUCUUAUUUGGCUUCCUCUGCCUGCCCCUCCCCCCCUCUCUAUCUAUCUAUCUAUCUAUCUAUCUAUCUAUCUAUCUAUCUAUCUAUCUAUCUUCUGUUCUGCUUACAGUGGGGCUGCUUCGCUGCCAAAGUGCCUUUGUCUCCCUGCCGAGGCACAAUUGAAUGCCACCUCUUUAGCCACCGGACAUAAGCAGCGGAGCUGUUGAGAGCCCCUUGGUGCUAAGGUCCUGGCUGUGUCCCCCCCCCCCAUCGUGACAUCUCUGUCCACUGAAUGAAGGAAAGGCCAUGUUGCCCCCCGCCCCCCGCAGCUUUACAUCUCUCCCCUUUUACAACUGGCCACCUUGGGGCUUAUUUCCUCAGAUGUGAUUACCGCAUUUUUGGAGUAUAAGACGCACCUCCCCCACUCCCUAAAAGAGGAUGGAAAUAUCCCCGCCCCUGCAUCCUAUUUUUGCGAAAAACAGGCUGUUUUUUGCAAAAACGGAGGUGGUUUUGCCUUCCCCCAGCCCCCAGGAGCACACUGCAGGCUUCAGCAAGGCCGGGGGAAGGCAAAAAUGCCCCUGUUUUGGCAAAAAAUGGCCUGUUUUCCACCUGUUUUUCUCAAAAACAGCAUCUUUGCUUUCACCCAGCCUGUAGAGUGCUCCUGGUGGCCUGGGAGGACAAAACCUUUUUUCCUUACUUACCUCUUCCAAAUCGUGUUGCGUCUUAUAGUCUGAAAAAUACGGUAUCUGUUGAUCUGGUGACGCCAACAAAAAGCGCCUGUCUCCGCAGUCCAAAGGUGCCGUCUCUGAAUUGGGGGCAUAACGGUUUAAAAGCAACAUGCGCCCGUCUUUGUGCACAUUGGUCCGAGGUGCCCCCUUUGCCAGGUUUGAGAUGGAGGGCCCUGCUUGAUUGAUAGGUCAGCUAGCCAGCUUCCUUGGUGGACAGUAUAAGAAAGAGGAAGGGAGGGUAGGAUUUUUUCCCCCUUGGAGGAUUCAGAGCGCUAGAAUGCACGUCGUAAGUAUCCAUGGGACAGGUGAGGAGUCCCCAAACGCCUAUGCCUCUUCGGUGUAAGAUAGAGGUGCUGGGGGGAGGGGGAAGAACAGCCUGCGACGGAGCACUUGGGGCAGGAAAGUGGUUAACCACAAUGCCUGUUCCUUGCUGAAAGGGGUUUGGAGCCUCUUUUGCCAGCCUGGCACCCCGCAGACAUGUUAACCAAGAGAUGGCAGGAAGCAAAACUAGGAAAACUACUCCAGUUUGUGAACCCUUGUUUCAAGUUGAUUUUACUCCCUAAGCUCAAACGUGUGAAUAUCGAGGUGGGGGUCUCCCAACGCUUGGCAGCUUUAAAGGCGCGUGGACUUCAACUCCCAGAAUUCCCCAGCCAGCGAAUUCUGGGAGUCAGAAGUCCACGCCUCUUAAAAGCUGCCCGGUUGGAGACCCCUCUUCUACAAAUGGACUGAAUGUCAAUCAAACCCCCCAAGGGUGCCCUACGAUUGGCCAGUGUGCUACACGCCCUCUCGUGCGCCUUGCUCUCCACAGCUGCUGGGAUCCCAAGUACCCGUGUAAAAGCACGGAUUCCCAUCCGUUUCCCAAGCCCAGGCGUGCCCCUGCAGUGCUUCCCACGAGUGGCGUUUUCCCAAAAUUGGGCGUUUGGCAGCUUCACGGUGCUGAGGCAGAAAGACGUUUGGUCUGCCAGUUCUCCCCAACCCUUAAGAAGUUAAAUACCAUUGCAAAUAUUAUAUAUAUAUAUGCUUCCUUAGAAUUAUUUCUGUGCCAGUAGAGGGGAAAAGGAUAGCCUCCCAUUCUCUUCUGCUUUGUGCAUUUCUGUAUGUGAUCUUCUAAAUCAGGGGUAUCCAAACUUGGGAACUUUGAGACUUGUGGACUUCAACUCCCAAAAUUCCCCAGCCAGCCUGAUCUGAAUUUUUAAAAAAAAUCUAUGAGUGGCAGGAAGCAGAGCUGAUUUCUCAACUUUGGCACUUUUUAAGAUGUGGGGUCUUCAACUCCCACCGUUCCCUAACCUGCACACCGCCUGGGGGACUCUGGGAGUUGAAGUCCCCCUUAUCUGAAAACUGGGUUGAAAAACAUUCUGUUACAGGCUGACCAGCCAUAACUUCUCCAUUCAGGGAUAGUAGGACUUUGGCGUUGGGGAGGAAAUAUUGUAUGUGCAUGGUGAUGUGUUUGUUUCCAGGCACCACCUUAAUAUAACGGCUGAGUGAUUUGUGUUUUUAUUUCUACUAAUGUUUUUAUGAGAACCAAACAUCAAUAAAUGUAACUCAUUGGUGCUCUCA